AUGAGAAAGAAUGGGUAUAUAAAUUUACCACAAUUUUCUGAAUUUACGCCAUUAGAUAAUACAUAUAUAUCAUUAAAUAAUAAAUUACAAUCAUCUUGUCUUGAUUUAACUCUGAAAUUUGGAGGAUAUAUAUUCGAUAACAAUAUUGUUAUUAAAAAAGCUUCUAAACAAGCCUUUACAAUUGAUGUUGACAAGGUUGAAUCAAAAACUGAAAUAAAUAACGAGAUAGAAAAUGUAGAAAAAUGCGACAGCAAAUUAGAAGCUUUAUUAAAACGAAAUUUUAUAUCUUGUAAAAAUAUUUCAAACCUUUUCCCUUGUCUUUCUGUUUUUCUUGGAGCUGCAUCUUGUAAAACGCUUGAUUAUAUAACAACCGUGGAAUGUUCAUAUAGAAAAUGGGAAAAGGAAGAACUUAAGAUUUCAAAAUCAAAUAUUAACCCAACAAAUAAUUUUAUUAUGCAAGUUGAGAAUGCGUUAGAAAGUGAUGAUAAAGAGGCUCAGCUUCGUAGGGUAUCAAACGAAUUCGGCAAUUUUUACGCACGCCGUCUUGUUUUCGGAGGUGCCAUGAUUGAGGAAAUCAUAGAUAUUGAUGACAGUCAAAACUAUGAAAUUAGAGUCAUUGGUGGAAAUAAAGAAUAUACUAAUAUUAAUAGUUCUUUAAAGCCUUGGGUUAUGUCUCUCAAUAAUCGUGAUACUUGGGAUAUUAUUGAAUAUGAUGAAAUUUAUUCAAUAUUUGAUAUUUUGGAUUAUAGCUUACAACAAACCAUUUUAGAUGUUUUGGGCCACCGCAUUUUAAAAGCGGGUAUCAAUGACAUUCCAAUAAAUUGGGAUUUUUCAAAUAAUGCACCAUAUGUUCAUUCACUAGCCCCGCAAUUUACAGGCUUGGAUAAAAUCACAAAGAUUACUAAUUGCUAUAUAUUUGCUUCGAUUUUAGACAAAAAAGACAGAGACAUUUUUUCUUUACGAAUAGGUUAUAUUGAUGAGCAUACUCCUUUGUUCAUAGUUCACCUUAAGAAACCUUCAUAUAUAAAAAAAUACAAAAACUACCCAAUAAAAUAUGGAUGGAUCAUUGUCGGUCAGCCUACAAAUUUUGACUUUGACCGAAUAAAAUACCCUGUGGUACUUAAAAGCGGUGAACUUCCUACUUCUAAUGUAGAUAAACUGUGUAAAAUAGAAUUUUCUAAAUAUAGAGAAUUAAAUACAUGUGCUCUUGGACAGCCAGAAAUUAAAACAGCUUUAUUCUGCUGUUUUAACGAUAUAGACAAAUCUUUUCAGUCAUGCGAAUUUGAACAAGUAAUUGUUAACUGGCAAAAAGAUCAAAAUAAAAUUCGAUUAGACACAUCAAAUUAUCAAUAUUUUAUUCAAAUAGUAAAGUACUCUGCUGUUUUAGUCCAUGCUGAACAAGGUUUUACUGGAAAGUAUGAAAGAAGUGCAAUGAAAGAUUUAGAAGAAUGCAAUGAACGACUAGAGAUGAUAUUGAUAGAUAGAAAAGGCGCAAUAAAAGUUGAGAAAGAUUGUCAAAAUCCUGUCCCUUUACAAGAUGUUUCUGUGGAUGCGAACAUCGUUGAUAUGAUAGCCGAAACAACGGUUUGCCAGACCUAUAAAAAUGUUGAACAAAAUACAAUUGAAGCCAUUUACAAAUUUCCGCUUCAUGAAGCUGCAGCAGUAUGUGGAUUUGAAGCUGAAAUUGAUGGAAAGAAAAAAGUUAAAGGAAUAGUUAAAGAUGCAAAGCAAGCUACGAAAGAAUAUGAUGAGGCUAUUCAGAAAGGUCAUGGGGCUUAUCUCUUAGAAGAACAACUUCCAGAUGUUUUCCAAUGUUCCGUUGGUAAUAUCACAGCUGGUCAAACGGUGGUUAUCAGAAUCACAUAUGUAACUGAACUAAAACACGAUGCUGAUUCUGAGAAAGUUCGAUUUGUUUACCCCACUCACAUCGCUCCACGAUAUGGCUCAUCUAACUAUUCUCCUGCAAAUGAUGGGAAAAAACUUAUUCCUGAUAAAGUGUCCUAUGGAAAGGCUGAUUAUUAUUUAGAUCUUAAUAUUACAUGUAGAAUGACUUCUAUUAUUCAAAGCAUUGAAUCACCAUCUCAUCAUAUUUCAACUGAAUUAAAUAUUGAUGGUGAUCCUAAAGUUUCAAAGAUUACUCUAGCUGAACAAAUUACUUAUUUAGAAAAAGAUUUUAUACUUGUUGUUAAAAGUUUGGAUCUCGAUCAGCCAAGAGCCUUUGUUGAAUACAACCCAAAAACAGAAACUAAUUGCGUUAUGUUAACUUUAGUACCAAAGUUCGCUAUUAAUGCAAUAAUGACAGAAUUGAUUUUUGUAAUUGAUAGAUCUGGUUCAAUGUCAGGUGGAACUAUAAAAAAAGCUUCUGAGGCACUUCAAUUGCUUCUUCGUUCAUUACCUGAAGAUUGUUUUUUUAAUGUGGUAUCAUUCGGAUCCGACUUUGAUUCGCUUUUUAAAAAGAGUCAACCUUAUUCUGAAGGAAGUUUUUCAAAAGCUCUUAAACAUGCUCAAGAAAUGACAGCAAAUUAUGGAGGAACUGAAAUUUAUAAUCCUAUAAAAUGGGCAUUUGAAAAUUCAAGAAAUGAUAUGCCAACUUCUGUUUUUCUUCUUACUGAUGGUCAGGUUUAUAAUGUUGAUCAAAUUGUAAAUCUUAUUAAAUCUUGUGAAGAAAAGAAAAAGGAUGAUCUAAGGUUCUUUUCAAUUGGAAUCGGUUGUUCAGUUUCUCAUCAUUUAGUUGAAUCUGUUUCCCGAGCUGGUAAAGGAUAUGCUCAAUUUGUUACAAAUACUGAACGAAUGGAUAAAAAGAUUCUUGGAAUGUUAAAAAAUGCUAUAAAACCUCCUAUUAAGGAUUAUAAUAUUACUUGGACUGAUCAGAUUAUUGAAGAUUCUUUACCUAUGGAAAUUAGUACAAUCGAUAACCCAACUAUUAGUUUCUUUAGCGAUAAUACUAGACCUCCACCAGCUAAUCAAGAUAUUCUUCCUGAUAUAAAAAUUCAACAGGCACCAUUCUUAAUUCCACCAAUUUACCCUGGUGCUCGAUAUAUAGUUUAUUGUAUUUUAGAAAAAAAUGUUGAAGCUUGUAAAGAAAUUAUUCUGAGUGCAAAUUCUCAUGAUGGCCCUAUGAAGCUUUCAAUUCCCUUAGACCCUGUAAUUUUACAGGGAUCGAAAAUACAUACACUUGCAGCUAGAAAGCUUAUUCAAGAUCUUGAAGAAGGAACUUCGUUCAUUCAUAAACAUCCAAUGAAUGAGGGAAAAAAUAUACAAAAUACGCUUGUUCGAGAGCAUAUUGUGAAUUUAGGUGUAACCUAUAGUUUGGCUUCUAAAUAUACUAGAGAUAUGUCAGUGACCAAAGUCAAAAGUCUACCAGACCAAAGAAUUAUUCCAAUUUCUUCUGCUUCUGUUAAGAAACGACGUAAAACGCAUGCAACAGCUCGGUCAUUAUCUGUAACAUCAAAAAAUCGCAAUCUUAGAACAAAACAGACUGCAAGAAAAUCUACGGGAGGUACGCUAUCUUCUGCAGUAGAAUCAUCCAGUAUAUUAGUUUCACCACCAUCUUCACUUCCAGGCUCAGCUCCUUGUGCUGUACCUUAUCAAUUAAUUAUGCAAGAUUCUAAUCAAUCACUUGUGCAAGUUUUACCAACUGCUACUGUAAAAUCGAAACCUCCAAUAAUUGAAACUUUAUAUAGUUUUCUCGAUCUUCAAUCAUUUGAUGGUUCAUUUUUACCAUCUAGCAAAUUUUAUUCUUGGUUUGAUAAAAAUGGUUUUAAAGAUUUUGAAGUUAUUGAAAUUGAAAAUGAGAAAGUAUUAUGUUUAACAUUAGCAAUUGCAUAUUUGGAAAUUAUAAUGUUUGAAACAUUUAAAGAUGAAUGUGAAUUAUGUUAUGAAAAAGCUAAAAAAAUUUUGAAAAAAGAAGUUGGUGAUGAACGAAAAAUUAAUGAGAUUUCGAAAAAAGUUAAAGAAUGGGUUAAAAUGUGGGUUGAUGAAUAA